AUGUCUUCCAAUGAUAAAGCGUUGGCUAGUGCACAAGCAAGGCCUUACUAUAAUCGCGAAACUUUUAAUAUAGGAUACCCUGCCGUCUUCAAUCCAGAUAGAGGUGUAUUAGAUCAGAAUGGAGCAUCUAUUGCUUCGAAACUAUCUAUAGCUAACCAGAAACGAUCACGUUUUGCUUCAAGUCCCUCAAGCUCCGGUGCCAUUGAUAGAUUGAUCCCGCUGGGUGGGAUAAGUGCCUCUGUAGGUGGUAAAUAUGGAACACAAUUAUAUUUCCCUGGUAUAUCUUUGUCGUGGAAGGAUAUGUGUAGUAUUGGUAGGUGGGAAAAUUUGAUUUGGAAAGUAUUAUUAAGACAAUACUGUAAAAAUUUAAUACAACAACCAUUUGAAACGUGUAAAAUUAUUAUGCAAACAACUUCAAUUAAUAGGACAAUAUCAUAUCCAGAUAAUAAAAGUGUGAAUAAGAAAGUUGCAGUUAAUGGAAUUAAUGAUAAAGAUUCCAAUGUAUCUUUACCAACAAAUGAAGAAAUAGAUUUUUUCCCAGUACAAAACCAAUCCAGUGAUGCAAUGGAUUUAAGCUCUGCUUGGGCUAAUGAUGAUGAUGCUAAUAAUAAUUUGAAUAAACAAGAGGAUGAUCUAUUAAUUAAGGAUCCUAAAAUUACUGAAAACAUGUUAAAUAUAGAUAAAUUAACAACAUGGAACGUAAUUCAUUCAAUGCGUAACAAUAAGAAUUUUGGAAUUGGUUCAUUAUGGAGAUCUAAUAAUAUUACAUUUUUUUACAAUUUUUGUAAAACUGGAGUAAUGUGGUUUACUGCAAGGUUUAUAUCACCUUUUUAUUAUUACUAUAAUUUAUCUUUUUCCUCUAUCCUUGGUUUAAAGAUUUUAAUGAAUUUUAUGACUGAAGUGAUAUUGUUACCAUUGGAUCUUUAUAAAGUUAAAUCAAUAAUUAGUAAUCAUUCCACAAGAGAAUCAGAUUUUAAAUCGAAUGACGCAACAAAAGAAAAUAAAACCUUAAAUAAUGACCAAGAUAUGGAUAAUUCAGUAUUAUCAACUUGGAUGAUGAAAUUAAAAUUGAAAAAUUAUUGGAGUUUUACCAUGGAUGAUAGGACAUUAAGAUUAUUUGCUUUAAUCUUAAUUAAGACAGCUUGUAAGAAAUUCUUUGAUAACGGAUUGGAAUUCAUGAUAUAUUAUUGGUUAAAUUUUACAAAUGUAGAGAAUAAAAUAUAUUUGAUAUUCUUAUUAAAAUUUGUAACAGAAUUUUGCGAAUUUUUCAUUAAGUUACCAGUGGAAACUUUGUUACGUAGAUACCAAGUUGAUUAUUUAUUAGGAAAUGGCAAUGACAGUAAUAAUGAUGGGAAUAGCAUUACAUUAAAGAAGGAAAACUUGAUCAUUAAACCAAUCAAUGUCAACACAUCUGAGAUAUGGCAAGGUCUAUGGAACGGAUGGAAAAUCGGAUUGAUGAGUUUGGUAUGUGGUUUUGGUUUUAAAUUAAUGAAUAAUAUCGAUGAUGAUUUAGAACAAGAAAGAUUUUGA